AUGGAUCCACUCUCCACGAUACCAAUUGAGUGCCUGCAACUCAUCCUCACCAUCCUACAACAAGACUGCGCCACAAUUACCCUGGCCGCCUUCGCCUGCACCAACAAGCACAUCACCUCCGACUACCUUUUCCAUAUUCGACACCUCAAACUGGCCAGGCCGCAUCAGGGACUGUUCUUUUCGAAGGCCCUGGAUCCACCUGAGCUGGCGACAUGUGUCCAAUCCGACGCCGAAUUCGACCAGGUGAUGCAACUACGGUCAUUGACUAUCCCUCUCUCCCUCAUCGAGCGGUACCUUACCGCUGUUGGUCGUUUCGAGUUUUUGGAUACUGUCGACUUCAUGUCGGAUAUUGCUUACUCAUUAAACUACGAGGAUAAUGACGAAUCUGCGAGGGCAACGUAUUGCCAUCAUGGCUGCGAUAUGGACACCGCCAUGCAGAUCUUGAAACUCUUGCCUCCCGCCAAGAUCACUCGUUUGGAAGGAUACACAUGGAGCCAAUACAUUGCUCAUCCUCUGAAGACGGACCUUGGGCAAAUCGAUGGUAUCCGUUGUGUGGAUCGUGGAAAUCCUUGGAUCCAAAGGAUUCAGGACAAUCCGCUUAUUAUUCAGCGGAGCCGCUCCCUCAAGACGUUGGAACUGAUAUCGCCCGGCCAAGGGGACUUCCGUUGGGCUGUUCAGGAAAAGAGGCACGUCGAGGGCUUUGUCAGCAUCACAUUCAGGAAUAGCCUAUACUACCGCCAAAGCGGACAGGAAGCACCAACACAGCACGGAAUCCGGUGGCCGUACUGGCAACAAGAACUGUUACUCUUCGCGGAUGUCAAGAUCAGAUAG